AUGUACACUGAACUCGCUGAAAUACCGGUCCCGAUUGGAGGACAGUUUGUCGGUCCAGACGCGGAUACGGUCGAAAUCACGUUCAGCGUUCGCGAUCACGAACUAAAUCUCAAGAAAACUGUCGUCAAAACGAUUGCAAACAUCCAGGGAGAGAAACCUUAUGUUUCCCCGCCUGUCCAAGUGGAUUCGCAAGUCGCGGCGUUGUACUCGCCUUCGGGGAAGAGAAAGGUGGUGUUGAGAGAGGUGAACAAGAAGGGCGAUACGAGGAGGGUUGUUGAACUUUGGAAUGAGAGCACGAAGGUGGCCUCGGUUGAUGUGACCGAGAGACACGACAAGUUCUAUGUCGAUGAGUAUAUUGGAAGCCUGGGCUUCAAUGCUACAGAAGAUGCAGUGGUCUAUACGGCCGAAGCCCAUCUCGACAAUGAUUCAUCGGAUCCUUACGCCAAGUUUAGGUAUCGGCCUGAUUUUGGAGAGGGGCUCACAGGUCAACGAAGACCCGCGUUAUUCAUCGUCAAGCUCCCAGGAUCACCGUCUAGUGACGAUAAACCAGUAGUUUAUCGUCUCAAGUCACCAGCCAACGUGCGGCUAGGGCAGGCGGUCUUCUCGGGCGCAUCUACUGUCGAUGAAGUGGUUCUGUACGCGACUGGGUACGAGCUCCAGCCGGAUGGAAGGCUACUGGGAGUAAAGGGCUGUUUCAACCGCCCGACCGGCAUCUGGAGGGUUAAGGCUACCCUGGGCGGAGACCCAACGGUUAAUGACGUCGAUGCUACGGCAACCAAACUCAACCCUGGACACAUCUCCUGUCGCUCGCCUCGUGUCGUCCCUCAAGGGAAAGGAGAGCAACUGGUCUUUCUCUCCUCUGCUUCUGGCGGUCCUCAUGUCACUACUGCGUCUCUACAGACGUGGAAACCUACUGGCGACGGCAAGGGCGAGGUCAGGGAAGUUAUUGGUAUCGUGGAGAAGCCAGCCCAGGGUGAUUGGUUCCCUGGUCUCUAUCCACCUUACAAUCUCCCUGCAGCCCCGUACCUAUCCCAAACGGGGUCGUUAGCUUUCCACUCGCACGUGGGGUCCAAAACGUGGAUCGUCCUUGCUGGAUUGGAUGGGAAACGCAGUGGAUGGGAUCGGGUGCCCGAAGAUUCGGAUGAAGGCGAGAUGUAUAGCUGGAGUGUGCUCGCGACGGACGAAAAGAACAGGAUUCUGUGCUGGAGGAGCUCUCCGAGUGUUCCCUACGAAAUCGGAGUGGCGGAUGUUCGUGAUGGUGGAAUAACUUCCUGGAAGUCGCUGGACAAGCCUAAACUCCCCGAAAGAGUCUCCAAGGCGUUGUCUUCAAUUCGUACUUCUAUCCACCAGAUCCCAGACCGUGCACCAACUGAAACCCUCGUCAUUACUUCGACUCUGAAUGGAAAGGGCGGAAAAUUGCCUCCCUGCGUUCUGGUACCUCACGGAGGUCCCCACGCUACGACGACCACCGCCUUUAGCCCUGCCACAACCGCACUAGUUCUUGAAGGAUUCACAUUGGCCCUUCCCAACUAUACCGGUAGUUUGGGGUACGGAGAGGCGCCGAUAAGAGCGUUAGUUGGAGCCUGCGGACGUACGGAUGUCGACGACUGUAUCGGAACUUUGGACCACCUCGUUAAGAUCGGCAUCGCCGAAGAUGGACCUGGAAGGGUCUUCGUCCAGGGUGGAAGCCAUGGAGGCUUCCUGUCUGCCCAUCUGAUCGGACAAUUCCCCGACAGGUUUUCCGGCGCAGUCAUGCGCAACCCGGUCAUCUCAGUUGGCGAAAUCUCAACUACAGACAUCCCAGAUUGGUAUUUUUCAGAAUUCGGAUACGAAUACCCCGUGCUCUCGUCCACCGCAGAGUCAACCGACUCUCAAGCGAGAAAUGGUGAUCCUGAUUCGAUAGCACCGCUAAUGACAGGUCAAACGUUCACGCAAUUGCAGAGUGCGUCGCCGAUACACCAUGUCGACAAGGUGAAAGCACCGGUCUUGUUGCUGGUUGGCCUCGCGGAUCGUCGUGUUGCGCCUACGCACGGGGUAGAAUAUUAUCACGCGUUGACAGCAAGAGCGAGGAAGGUCGAGUUGUUGACAUUCGAGGGAGAAAGCCAUCCGUUGGAUGGAGUGGAGGCUGCAAGGGUAUGCUGGGAGGCGGGGAGGGACUGGCUCAGGGCCUUAGCCUCUUAG